AUGAAAAACAAUAUACUCUUUGCUUUUACUGUUCUUGCUAUAUUCGUUAGUUUAGUAAUUGGUAGUAACCAAUUCCAAUUCAAAUUGUCAAAACCCUCGAUUCCUAUAAUUAUAGACACAGACGGUGACACCGAUGACUUCUUUGCAAUUCUUUAUGCACUCAAAUCCAAGGAGCUUGAUGUACGAGGCAUCACUUACCAAGGAGGUGGAUGGUCCCAUGCAGCUUCAGCACAGAAUAUUGUUGAUAUCAUUGAUGACAUUUACCCCGGAAGGAAUAUUCCUGUAAUACUUGGUGCUGAUUAUGCUCUCUACGAAUCUGACAGAAAUCCAGAUACUUUUGGUAGCCCCGGAUGCACUUACCAAAAGUCAGUCCCAGAAAUUGGAAGACGUAAUACUGAUUUGUUACAUGGUCUCAAUCGGAAACUCAGGCUGUCGAGGAGGAUAUGGUAUGAUGCUGUCAAAGGAUUUAAUAUCACUCAGGACUUGGCCGACCUCAUUGAUUCCACAAUUAAACAAACCGGCAAGAAACCCAUAAUUGUAGCAACUGGUCCGGUUACCAAUAUCGCUAUGCUUCUACGUGCUUUUCCAACUUACACCACAAAAAUCGAAGAAAUUGUCUGGAUGGGUGGCGCUUUAUAUGUUACUGGAAAUGUGUUUAGCGUGCCAAAUAACACUCAUGCUGAAUUUAAUGUUUUUCUUGACUGCAUUGCUGCUCAAGAAUUACUCGCUUCCGACCUGAAGAUCACUUUAGUGCCGCUUGACUUUACAAAUAAAGUUCCGCUCAAUACUGCUUUGUUUGACAAACUCUCAAAUCUCACAAGUUUCUAUGGGAAAUUUACAUAUGAACUUUUGUCCAUCAUUCGUUCAACAUGGCUUGGUGGUGAUCCUAAAUUCUUUAAUGGUUAUUUUCUUUGGGAUGCUAAAACCAUCGCUAUCAUAAAAAAUAUUGGCGUUAGAGAAAUUGUGUCAAAUCGUACACUGGCUGUUACUUGUAAGGGAAACAUUAAUUAUGAUGGUCAAUUUGUAACUUCUCAAGUCUUGACCAAUGCAAAUCUUCAGGUUGCUAGUGAACCUAUUAUUAGCAACCCUGUCGAAGAUUCUCCAUUCUUUCAAGAUUUCAUUGAGGUACUUGGCAAAAAUUAG